AACUGAAGACAACAUGACAUUUGAACCAUUAUUUUACAACAUAUUAAGAGCAACUUUAUGAAAACUCAACAGGACAUAUAAAAUUAGACUGUCAUCAUGCAAAACACAUGGUAGAAUUUCCAAACACAUGCAUCAACUGCAUUUCUGAUGCCAACAUCCCUCAAAACCUCUAAACUACUAUCAGCAUUUCUGAACAUGUGGUAACUCAGAGCAGCUCGAAGUAAUUCCACACAACUCCUAAGCGACUUUCAACAGCACUUAAUUGAAACCUAACCUAACCUUACACAGAACUACUGAAAAUGAAAGCCCAGGCAGUCUCCAAUACGGAGAUGAACACUCAGCCGAUUGAGACACCGCUGAUCGCUGAUGGUAUGUAGUACGAAAAGCUCUAAUACAGAGUGCGGCUGAGGAAACGCAUGUUUUCGAAUGACUAGCACUCGGCAAGGGGGGGAUUUCCGCCCCUUGCUAGUAGACAGCUUAGAUGAUGCAGUUUCAAUUGCCAUGGCACCGUGGACCCGCGAGCAUCGGGUGUUUGUCGUUGAAAAUUAUAUCAAAAUUUGUGAAUCCGUAAUUGCCGUUCAGCGUCUUUUCAGUAAACAGUUCAAUGUGGAGCGCCGUGGAAACAUCCUUGAUCGUAACACGAUACUCAGGAGGGUUGAUGCGUUUAGGACAACAGGGUCUGUUAUGAAGAAGAAACCACCUGGCCUUCCCGCGUCUGAUAAUUCCACGGCACACACGGCGAGAGCAUCGAUGCAGGUGGUCGGUGGCAUGUUUCCCCAACACGUCAUCUCCCGUUUCGGUGACAUCCCUUGGCCGCCUCGCUCCCCUGACCUGUCCGUAUUUGACUAUUUUUUGUGGGGUUACCUCAAGUCAAAGGCCUGCAGAAACAAACCACGCAACAUCCAGGACCCGAAAGAUUCCAUUCGCCAGGACAUCGCUACUGUGGGGUAAGAAAUGUUGGGAAGAGCAAUGCAGAAUUUCGAGGAGAGGCUGCAAGAGUGCGUUCAGAAGGAAAGGCGUCACUUGACGGACGUUAUUUUUCUGAAGUAAUUAAAAAAUGUUCAACAAAAACUGCAUUGUAAAACCUUUCUUUCUGUGUAAUUAAUUUUUUUUAACUUGAAAAUCAACUGAGUUAUUGUUAUUUGAAAAACAUGUGUUUCCUCUGCCGCACUCCAUAUAACAUAAGUGCACUAAAGUCUACCUCUCCCUAGUCCACAAAUCGUAUAUAUUCUGACUGUACAUUUUAAAGAAAACACGGACAUCGCCCCAACUUUGCUAGUAAUUAUACUGAAGACUGUUAAAAAAGGACGCCAAGCUGACGGAUUCUUCUGCGUA